CAGUCCCAUCCUGCCUCUAUUUAAGGUCCCCGUGGAGUGCACUGCCACACUGCUGCUGUCCCACUGUGCCAGCCAUGAGCUCGACUGUCCCCCACAAGACCUCGCUGCCUGAAGGCCUCCGUGCCGGCAGCCUGUUGCGGAUCCGAGGCAUUGUUCCUGACAAGGCCGGCAGGUUCCACGUGAACCUGCUGUGCAGCGAGGACCAGGGCGCCGACGCCGCCCUGCACUUCAACCCGCGGCUGGACACGUCGGAGGUGGUCUUCAACAGCAAGGAGCAGGGCAGCUGGGGCUCCGAGGAGCGCGGCGCCGGCGUCCCCUUCCAGCGGGGCCAGCCCUUCGAGGUGCUGCUCAUCGCCGCCGAGGACGGCUUCAAGGCUGUGGUCGGGGACGCGCCCUACCACCACUUCCGCCACCGGAUGCCCAUGUCCCGAGUGCGCGCCGUGGAGGUGGGCGGCGACGUGCUGCUGGAUUCCGUGAGGGUUUACUGAGCCCCAGCCACGGGGUGCAGGGAGGGGGCCGGGCUGCCCAAUAAAGCCAAGCCAUGGU